GGAAGCGGGCGGCCGGGCUGGGGCCAGGGAGCAGGGCAAGGCAGCAUUCCCACGCAGAGCCGCGGGGAUGCCCUAGGGGGACGGGGCAGCUGGGCUCCCGUGGUCUUCUGGUCGCUCCGGGGCUGCCGCCACCCCUCCGGUGGCGAGCGCAGCAGAGGGCCGCUCCUCCGCUCCAGGGAUCCCGGGAGAGCCCGCCCCGAGCCGGGGGAGGCAGCUCUCCGGCCAGGGGUGGGAAGCGCUGGAGCAGCAGGCGAGGGGAGGGAGCGCGCUGCUCUCCAGCCCCGCGCUGCAGGGGGUGGGGAAAGCAGCCCGAGGCUAAGGGACCUCCCCGCAGGAGAGACUGAAAAGGAGCCAGAGACGGGGGCGGGGGGGAGCGAGAGCCCAAAGAAAUUCCCCCGCCAGCAGCGACUCUGCGCCUGUCCCGGCUCCGGAGCAGGAUGCGGCUCCCGCUGCUGCUGCUGCUCCCGGAGCUGCUCCUCCUGGUGCCGGCUCAGAAGUUCUCCGCGCUCACGUUUUUGAGAGUGGACCAAGACAAAGACAGAGAAUGCAGCCUGGACUGUGCAGGAUCCCCUCAGAAGUCACUUUGUGCUUCUGAUGGAAGGACUUUCCUGUCCCGUUGUGAAUUUCAACGAGCAAAAUGCAAAGAUCCUCAGUUGGAAAUUGCAUAUAGGGGCAACUGCAAGGAUGUUUCCAGGUGUGUGGCAGAGAGGAAAUACACCCAAGAACAAGCCCGCAAGGAACUUCAACAAGUUUUCAUUCCUGAGUGCAAUGACGAUGGCACAUAUAGCCAGGUUCAGUGUCAUAGUUACACAGGAUACUGUUGGUGCGUCACUCCCAAUGGACGUCCAAUCAGCGGUACAGCUGUAGCACAUAAAACUCCACGGUGUCCAGGUUCUAUAACUGAGAAAUCACCACAACGAGAGGGUACAGGAAAUACAGUCUCCUUGCAAAUCUUUUCCAUUCUGAAUUCAGAUGAUGCUUCAGCUCCUGCGCUGGAGACACAGCCUCAAGGUGAUGAGGAAGAUAUAGCUUCUCGUUACCCUACAUUAUGGACCGAACAAGUAAAGAGUAGGCAAAACAAAACCAAUAAAAAUUCAGCAUCGUCAUGUGAUCAAGAACUUCAGUCAGCACUGGAGGAAGCUAAACAACCCCAAAAAGACAAUGUAUUCAUUCCAGAGUGCGCUCAGGGAGGCCUUUACAAGCCCGUGCAGUGUCAUCCUUCCACGGGCUACUGCUGGUGUGUUCUUGUUGACACAGGACGUCCCAUCCCUGGGACAUCAACUAGGUAUGAACAACCUAAGUGUGAUAACAGUGCCAGAGCUCAUCCAACCAAAACAAAGGAUUUGUACAAGGGCCGCCAACUUCAAGGUUGUCCAGGACCCAAGAAGAACGAAUUCCUGACCAGUGUUCUGGAUGCACUCUCCACUGAUAUGGUCCAUGCAGUCUCUGAUCCAUCGUUGUCUUCCAGCAGGCUUUCAGAACCUGAUCCAAAUCAUACCCUGGAAGAGAGAGUGGUCCACUGGUAUUUCAAACAACUUGAUAAAAAUUCCAGUGGUGACAUUGGAAAAAAGGAAAUCAAGCCAUUUAAGAGAUUCCUGCGGAAAAAGUCAAAGCCCAAAAAAUGUGUGAAGAAGUUUGUAGAAUACUGCGAUGUGAACAACGACAAAUCCUUAUCCGUUCAAGAAUUAAUGGGUUGUCUGGGAGUAACAAAAGAAGAAGGUAAAGCAGACACAAAGAAACGUCACACCCCCAAAAACAAUCCUGAAAGCACUUCUUCCAACAGGCAGCAAAGCUCUAAGAAGCAAGGGUGAACAUCUUACAUAUCCAAGGCAGAUCUCUUUGACAUGUGGGCGAUUUCCUCACCAAAAGGCAGUUUAAAAGAACAACCAUAGUAUUUGCACUUUGUACUUUAAAAUGUAAAUUCACCUUGUAGAAAUGAGAUAUUUAAACAGACUGUUUUUUUUUUAAAUCUGUGAAAAUGUAACAGCUAGUUUUGGAAAAAUUAUCACAUACAAUGUAUGUGUCUUCUUUUGUCGUAUGAAAUCUGUACGUGUUGGAGAUGUAAAAGUUUGCAUUUAAAUUUUUUUAAGCAGCUUUCUUGAAAACAUUAUUAUAGAAAUCUGACUCUAGGUAUCUUAGUUUCAAUAAUACGCCUUAUUUUUCCUUAUCACUACAGUCAUUUAAACUCAAUUAUGAUGAAAAACUGCUUAAAUUAAGAACUCAUGUAUUUACAAUUUUUCCAAGCAGUGUUGAAGUUUUUAUGUUUCUGGGUCCAACGAAAGUGUGGAAAAUUGCUGUUGACUCAUUUGUGCAGCCUCUAAGUGAAUGGAUAUUUGUCCAUUGGUGAUGUUUUAUUUUUAUUAUUUUGUUUUCCAAAGAUAAUGCAACAAGAAUGCAACCACUAAAGGAUUCCAAUAGCUAUUUUAUGGGUAGGACUCUUGUAGAAAAAUGUAUUUUAUCCAUUUGAGGUGCCUUCCAUUAUAGGUUUAAUUAAGGUUUUGUUUGUUUGCUUUUGGGUGUAUGUGACAGUGUGUGCAUGGUGUAUGUGGAGAUAUGCUCUUUUGCCUGAAUUAAUCACGCAGCUGACUGAAAAACAAUAUGAUGGAUCAGCAUGUCACUCAAAUUAGCCUCUGUCAAUCCCUAGAGCAUGUUCCGGCAGUCAGCACAAGACAGCAAAGGGACAUAUUUGUUCAGUAUUGUAAAUCGAAUUAUGAAGAGACAAAGAAGGUUAAACAGGCUUGUCUGUCUAGUUUUUCCCACACCUGGCUGAGCUCCCAUCCACUCCUGGGGGUGCCGCAGGGUCCUCAAGAAGGAAAAGCUAUCACUGAACAAAUUAUGAAUAGUUGCCAUAUGGAGGUGUAGCCAGUAAACCCCUGCCUAGGGCAUUCUUCUUGCUCUCUGGGAGAAGUUCCUACAAGUUUUCAUACCUUUUCUGUCAUGUUUUCUUCUGUCUCUCUUUUUUCUUUCUUUUGGAGUGCCUUAAGGGAACAGGAAGUUGCAGAUGUGAACUAGCAAGGAAUUUGAAAAAAGGUCAGACCCUGAACAAUGAAUUAUAAGUAACUGAAUUGAUCAAUGAAGUGAUGAAUGGACUGCUGACUUCUAAAAACCAUAAUACGGAGGGGUGGGCAUGUUGCAAUGAGCAGUAGUUUUAUUCCAUUUUGUUAAAAUAAGUUAUGUGGCACCUGCCUUCGGAGCCAUGUGUAGAUAAGCUAGUCAUAACGACGACUUGGCUCAGACUCACAUAUGAAAAAAUAUCUUUGUUACAGAAAUGAAUGUUUCAUUUACAUUUCACAUGUGAAUAUAUGCUGAAAUACUGCUUUGAGACGGUCCAUACAUUGGAAUUGUCAAAAUAAAAGAAAGCACUAAGGUGGGGUUUUUGUGUGUGGAGGGGAUGCAAUAUAAAAAUGUGUGUUUUCUUUGUAAAAGCAUUUUUUUAUUCAAAAUUUGAUAUCCUUUUAUAAUGCUAAACUUUGAAUUAAUCUUUUUUUUAGAUUAAAGCUUAGUAUGCUAUCA